AUGGCUGCCCCGGGGGGAGUGUUAGAGGGCCGGCGCGGAGGAGGGGAACGGAGAGGGCGGGGGGGCGGGAGAAGGGGGGACCCCCCCGGACCUCCCCCCCGCACCUCAGCCCCCCCGGGACCCUCCCGGGACCCCCCCGGGCUGUGCCGGCGGCUGCUGGGGUUCGAGCUGCGGGAACUGGGGCGCUGGGAUCGGUUCGUGCGGCUGCUGCACAGCCCCAGGGACCCCGCGGCGCUGGGGGUCUUCAGGGCUGCGUUCGGGCUGCUGAUGGCCCUGGGUCCCCAGGAGCGGGGCAUGGCUCACCUGGACGCGCGGUUCCUGGAGGGGGGGCCCGUUUGUCGCUUCCCCCUCCUGCCCUUCCUGCAGCCCCUGCCCCUGGACUGGAUGUACCUGCUCUACAGUGUCAUGUUCCUGGGGGCCGUGGGGAUGAUGCUGGGGUGCUGCUACCGCCUGAGCUGCGUGGCCUUCCUGGGGCCCUACUGGUACCUGUUCCUCCUGGACAAAACCUCCUGGAACAACCACUCCUACCUCUACGGGCUGCUGGGAUGUCACCUGGCACUGCUGGGAGCUGACAGAUACUGGUCCCUGGAUGGGCUGUUCCGGCCCCAGAAGAGGAACGCGGAGGUGCCCCUGUGGCACUACACACUGCUGAGGGCACAGAUUUUCAUCGUUUAUUUCAGCGGGCUGAAGAAGCUGGAUGCUGAUUGGGUGGGGGGCUGGUCCAUGGGGACCCUGGCCCGACACUGGCUCUUUGCACCCUUCAGGCUGGUGCUGUCGGAGCAGCUGACCAGCAGGCUGGUGGUGCACGGGGGGGUCCUCCUGGACCUCUCUGCUGGGUUCCUGCUGCUCUGUGACUCCUCCCGGCCCCUCGGGCUCCUCCUCACCUCCUACUUCCACUGCAUGAACUCCCAGCUCUUCAGCAUCGGUCAGAGCCCCCCAGACCCCCCCAGCCUCACCAAGGACACCCCAGAGCCCCCAGUCCUGGCUGGGGGCACCCUGACCCCCCCUGAACACCCUGACCCCCCUGAACACCCUGACCCUCCUGAACACCCUGACCCCCCCUGA